CCCUCAAGGAUGUCCCCAUACUUCCUAUUGUAGAAAUAUAAAAGAGUCCCAACAUAACUGCGCUAGGUACACGUUCCACAACAUCACACCCGUGGCCUGAGGCACGUGCACCAAAAUCAAAAUAGGGGAUAGGUAGUCACCGUUUCCAAUCAGAAAUUAAUCACUUCAAGUAUGAAAAAAAACGCAGUUUCUGGCGAUUCAAAGGACUCGAAUAUAUUCGGGACUUAAAUGACAGCUGAACGAGUUUCCACAAAAAUAAAAUUUCGGUUAAUCCUACCAAAAGGGUGAAAUGUUCGAAUAUCAACAAUAAUGACACGGGGCCUAUGAUCACAAGAUAAAUCUGUCAAUGGCGUUAUCAAAUAAAAUAUUUUCUCAAAUCCCUUUAUAGAAUCUGUGCAGCUGCCUCGAAAUGGCAUCAGAAUACCUAAUUAUUAUAAAUUGAGGGUUGGAUUUUACGUAAAAGGGGAAAUUUCAACGAAAGGGUGGACCAUUCAUUGGGAACAUCAAUCACAAUGAUUCAAUCUCGUCUUUUAUUCAACUUUGAGCAAACCAUGGUCGUAUGUUCGUUACGCUUAAUCCAGAUUUUCGAUACAUACGGCAAAUGUUGACAAUGUCGAACUGAAUUUUAUAAGAGGAAACUGACGUCCAUACGUUGUUGUUGGAAAUAUUGAAAAUGAGUUUCACUCACGAAAAAUCUCGUUUGAAAUGAGCAUUGUGAAGAGGGUGAAUCGCUUCAUUCACUUGACUGUUUGAACAAGAAAAUGACAAAUUUUGGUCUUUUAAUUUUGAAAGAGGAAACUUUGCCUUUUCAAAAUGUGUCCAGAAUAUAAUGAACGCCCUCGUUUUCUGUUUCCCAUGAUAUGAACAGACCUGAUACAAUUAAUGGCCGAACAAUAUCGAGUGAUGUUAAAAAUUUAUACAAUCUACGAUAACUGCGAAUCAUAAAAAUUGACGCAUUCCUUUAAUAAAUGGCGGCUUUUGUCAUUUUAAUUUCACCGAGUUGCGCACGGCGUCGUUUUCCGACGCUUGCGAUAGAUUAACAGUGGGUAGAAAGCGCUAGUAUAGUCUAGGUGUCCGCAAUGACUAUUUUGUAAAAAUCGGCAGUGGUCCCUGGGCCUUCAGAACUGUUGCAUGUCGUCUUCAAGGCGAAGUCAUGACAUCCGUCACGUUACCUUCAACUUCUGGUCCUAUACAUCAGGUCUAUUCGUCGGUGUCAGAAGAAAUCACAAACAGCGAAUCCGACUUCGAGAGCAAUCACCCGAUCAAGCGAUGCCUGAGCACACCGAUACCGCCGUAUUCCUGCAAGAAGCGUCGUAAACAGUCGACCCCCAUCCGGAUAUCGGCCGCCGACUGGGACGGAGAAUCACCGUCAGAAGGUAAGCAAUCCGAGACCUCGCCCGAACCAGAACCACUGCAAUGUUCCGUGUGCCAACAAAGUUUCGACUACCUAGACCAUCUUCAGAGUCAUAUCGCCUCAGCUCAUUCGUCGGCCGAAGUGAAGAAGGAGCCACAGUACCAAAACUUCGAUCCGUACGGGACCAUGCGCGACCUGAAAUAUCCGAGAAACGAGUUGCAAAUGAUGAACGAACUCCAGACCAAAGACUGGAUGGCUCGGUCCCUCAACAGCGCCAAUUCGAUCUUCAUGCAUUUGCCGCAGUUCCCGCAGUCGGAGGGGAUGCAGAGGCAGCCCGUCAAAAUAUUCAAUCCAGAUGCCUUCUGCGAUCUGUGCAACAAAGAAUUCUGCAACAAAUAUUUCCUGAAGACACACAAAGCGAACAAACACGGCAUUUAUACCGAGGCCUCGUCGGAAUCAUCCUUUCCUAAUACGAUUUCAUCUUACGUUCGUUUACCCACAACAGUGCCAAGUGAUAUGCAACUAUCUCAACUCAAAAACGAAUCCCAAAUCACCUCGAAUAUGAUGAAUAAUACCAUCAGUGAUAUGUUUCCUAAUCCAUUUUCCAAUAAAUUAUCUAGGAUAAGUCAAUUAAACAAAACCAAUCCGGACGAGAAGGAUAACAAUGAUAAUCUGCAGAAUUCAAACGGAUCCUCGAACAGCGGAAGCGACAAGGUACCUGCUGAGGCACUAACAAAUGGCGAGGCUGCCAGUCCUAAAAUUAUCGAAAACGAAUCUACCUCAUACAAAAGUGAUCACGAGGGCUCAUACUAUGUUCCUACUAGCAAAAUGUCCCCAGGUCAAAUCAGUUUCAACAAAGACACCGACGUAUCCAGUCGGUUGAGAAAAAUCGGAGUGAUGAAUCCUAAGGCUUUUUGCGAAAUAUGUUGUAAAGAAUAUUGUAAUAAAUAUUUUCUCAGAACUCACAAAAUGAAACGACACGGAAUCAUGAUGCCGGACGAGAGGGAUAACAAAUCCGAUAUACAAAGUUCAUUCCAGUGGAACCAAUCGAAUAUACAAACCAGCCCAUUGAAUCUCAUCAAAACAGAGCAAAUUAAUACAGAGAGAAAAACCACCUCACCAUCAGAUAUAAGUUGUGAUAUUUGUGAAAUUAAAUUUCAAAACGCCAGUUUAGCCCAGCUGCACAAUAUUAGUGUACAUUCGAAACUAUAUUCCAAAGAAGUAACAGAAACAAACGAAUCAACCGGGGAAGAAAACAACAAAAUUCAAGAAAAAUCACCGGAGAAAUCCUCGAAUAGCGAAAACAUAAGUGAAGAUCUGAAGAAACUCCAGACCAUGAUACUGCAGUUGAACGAACUGAAAGUGGAAAAAAUGUCUGUUAGUUGCAACGUAUGCAACAAAGAAUUCGAAGGUAGAUAUUUCCUUCAAGCUCACAUGAUAACCGAACACGGUAUAGUGUUGGAUGAAGUUGCGGACCUCGAAAGACCGGUGGUAGACCCUGAUAACAGUUCAAAUAAUAAUAAUAUGUGCGAUUUGUGUGGUAAGGACGUAGAAAACAUUGUACAACUGAAGAAACACUUGGUAGAGUGUCAUUCGGGCUUAGAAGCGAAUAAUAUCAAAGAGGAAUUCAAUGCAGACAAGGCCAACAGGAUGUCAUCGUCUAAUAUGCAAUUUUCCGAGAGACGUAUGUCAGUGAGUCUAACACCAACAAGCAGCUAUUGCGAGAUAUGCAACAAAGAACUUUGCAACAAGUACUUCAUGAAAACGCACAUGCAAAGGAUGCAUGGUAUAGAAAUCGAAAACGGAGCCCAAAUUGGCGGUGUCGUUUGCGAUAUUUGCAACAAGGAACUCUGCAGCAAAUAUUUCUUGAGAGUGCACAAGCAUAAUACGCACGGUAUCGUCGAAUAUGGCGCUAGUCUUCUACAACCUAAGAAGACAGAAGGUGAAAACACAACAUCCUCAACUUCCGAGUCGGAUUCAGCAAUUAGACCCAACGAUUUGGCCGAUCUAAGCCAUCGAUAUUUCACCCACUUCACCGAAGUCUGCAAAAUAUGUAGUAGGAGAUUUCGAAGCACAAAAUGGUUGAAAGCUCAUCUUUUGAACGAUCACGGACAAGCUGGUGCUGAAAAAUGGUCUGAUAUGGAGCAACAGCUCUCCCAGAACCUUGGCCAACAUUCGAGAACUCAAAUCAAAACCGAGAGCCCCACGCUGAAAAUUCCAAACAGUGGGCAGGAUUCAGUAACGUCCAAUUUAGGUCUGCAUAAUAUUUUGUCACUUUUCGGCGUGGACGAGAACGGAUCGAAAAUUUAUCAGUGUAGCAUGUGCACUUUUACGACAACACUCUUACCGCUAUUAUUUGUUCACGAACGUUCACACUCACAACUUAUCGAGACGGGGAAGAUGGAGUUCAAAUGUCCCGUUUGCGGUCAAAUUUUUUACCAGAACGAACUUCUUCAACAUCACAUAUUCAAACAGCAUCCCCUGUUUCCCCUGCAAGGUGUAUCGAAUGGAAGCGAGGCUUCUAGGGAGGCUUCUCAGACGCCGGACGAAGAAGUUAGGGGUGAAGAACUGACACCUUCGGACGUUACAAACUGCCCGAAACAGAAAAAAAAGAAGAAAUGGCGUAGGCUGGAUUUGACUGCUGACGUGGAACAGUCGCUGAGUGACGUUUCGAAAAUAGCACAAAUGCCAGUUACAUAUGCCCUGCCAAAAUGUUCGAACGAUGAGGACGAUUCGAAGUUCGUCAUGCAAGCUUUCUUGAUGGAGGAGGAGGCAGUCGACCGCCAUGUCAUUCCUGCAGUUGUUUUUUUGCCGGUAUUACAGAAACAACCCGCCCCACUAUCGGUAACGUUCACCCUUACCCCGGCCUAAUCUCUAAUCAGUUCAACACAUAGUUUGCAUAGAUGUGAAGUAUUUUUUUAAGCGAACAAUCGAUGGCGAUUUGACGACACCUGUGAUUUUUAAUAUUUUUUUUUUCAAUUGAUUUAUAUACUUAAUCAUAAGUAAUAAAUAAGCGUAUUCCUAUAUUUGCAAGGGACCUCGUAUAUUACGAGGAACAUAUGAGUACAUAUUUUUAUGCAAAUACCGGAAAGACUGAGUGAAAUACUAUAUAGUCUGUUGAUUUUCAUUUAAAAAUAUCGAGAUACUGAUGUUUUGUAUGAUAGAAAGCUUUAGGUGAUGUUUAAAGAAGUUCCUAUUUUAUCUCUCGAUAUAAUAUCUAAUAUUGGUUCACUAGUGUGUAUGUCUUUGAGUUGUUUGAUGUAGCUUGCUCAACAGUCAGUUAAAACCGCAUACCCAGUCCAUGCAACUCAGGGUUAGCUGAAACGAGUACAAUCAUAGUUUAUGGCUUGGGCCAUAAUUUUUCUUCAGUUCCUGAAUAGCAGAUAAGAGAAAAAUAUCAGUCUACCUAGUUAAGUGGCCGCUAUGAUUAACUGCUGCCAUUGCAUUUAAACUGUUAUUCCAAAAUGCAUUUAUUGAUCCAUAUCCGUAUUAUAUCAAGAACCUCCCUUGCUACUAAGCCAGGCAUCUACCAUUAUGAUUCUUGAUAGAACUAGACGACAAUUCUUUACUUUGGACUACAACUGAUCAAACUUUUCCAUAUUUACGUUUCUCUUUUUUCAUUCCUAGUCGUAAAAUCGAUAAAAUAAUGCAAAUAAACAAACUGAACCCGAGUAGAAUAUCGAUAUUUUUCCGACAGAGCCGAAUUCAGUGAAAAAAUCCUCAUCAAUUCUUCAGUGCUUUAAUAAAAUCGAAUUAUAUGCAAAAGCGGUAGUCCAACGUAAUGAUCCAUAUGAAAGAAAUGAUUCCGUUUCGCGGAUUAUACACUAAUGAUCAUCAAAAACUGAUUCCAUAUACAUAAUUGUGCAAAAAUUUAUUACUUAUACAAAGAAUUAUACCAACUGUUAGAUAAGUUCUAUUUUUGAGGCCCUCAAUCCCUCAUCAUGAAACUUUCGUAUUUUCAGAGUUGUUUAUAUAAGUUUAAAAGUUGAAACAAUCGUGUUUCAAUAAGAACCAUAAAAAAACUACAUAUUAUUUAAUGUUAUCGAAAUAGUACAAACUGAAAUAAACUUUUGCUAAUUACUAAUUAAAAUACUAUAAGCUGUGUGCCUUCAGUAAUUGCAAAUGACCUGCUAUUUCAUAUUGUAACAACCUGGGUGCUAUGAAAUAAGUAUAUUGUUUAUGAUAAACCUCCACAAGCUAUGGGAUUACUUGGGCAUAAAAACUUUACUCCAAUCUAAGUAGGAACUAAAGGGAAAGAUAUCAAAUUAUUUCUAGAAUAUUAUUUAUCGGUCGAACUCGAAAUAAUUCAGAAAAACCGUGUAGCUGCCGGAUGAAAAUGGCACAAAUUGCAUUCAACGCUCCUGAUUAACAUGAAACUGUUCUGCAUAUACAAUUUAUAAGUCAGUAGAGCUUUUAUGUCCAGGUCGGUUCCGUUCCAUAGGGGAUUUUUUUACACACAUUGCUCCUGCUCAUAUUUAAAUUCGACCAAUACAAAAGACGACACUCGUUCAUGGAUCCGAAUGGCUUUCACAUAAAUUUAUGGCCUAAUGCAAAUAAUUUCUUAUUUCUUUAGAAUUUUUGUCCCAUUGUGCGUUCCCCAUUUCCCGAAUUCUGUAAACAGCUGCCCCGCUCGUGCCGUGCACACUCUCUCCCCUCGAUUUCUUUCCCGUGUGGGAAAUAAAACCCCGAAAUUGUAUUUUUUCAAAUUUAUGCAUCUGCCGGAUCGAUAUUCUCAAUACGGAUCUCAACACUUGUUCCAGUGAUUUCUAUACAAUCAAUAUUUCACUAAUUAUCAUUCAAACAAAUAUAAUUAUUGUUUGACCACUAGUUUUGACAAUUUGCUUGGAUUAGAAGCUUUCGGUUAAUCAGUAAACAAUAGUUGAAUAGAAAGAAAUUGAAUACCGAAUUUAGAACUACUCAAAUUUGAGAAUAUCGAGAAAAAUUCAAAUUCAUUUAAAAAUUCACCUCCAUCGCAUUAGAAAUUUCUUUAAUUCAGGUCGUCCUACGAUAAAGAAUCAAGUUCCUAUUCCGAAUUUAAAUGUGAAUAAGAGUAUACCUCAGAAAAAUGUAUAAUCUGUUUAAUUUUGAGAAAAGUUUUAUUGAAAUGAAAGGAACAUAGUCAUAGUCGUCUACAAAAUUUCUCAUGCAGAUCUCAUUUCCAAGUAGCCUCCACUAAAAAUACAACCAACAUCCACCCUUACUCGAGACGAGAGAAUAGAAAAGUCAUU